CAUGCUGGUUAGAUGUGUUCAAUUUUUGCUGAAUUAAAAAGUUUUUGAGGGGGUUGACGGUAGAUUUUAUUUUUGAGAUUUUUUGCUUUUUUUACUUUGUUUUUGGAUCCCGAUUUUCUCCCUCUUUUACUACCGCUAGCUGUUGUAUUCUGUUUGAUUUUCCUCUGGAAUCUCAGACGUUUCCAUUAACUUUUUUAUUUCUUCAACAUCCAGUGCAUUAUCAUCCACAAUAAUUUUUCGACCCCUGAUGGUAGCUAGUUUGCCAGUUUUUAACAAUAGUUCCUUGUAUUUUAAUAAAAUUUCGUAAUUAUUUCGUCGCAUUUCUAUUUCUUCUCUAGACAGGUCAUUAGCGAUGUUAUAUUUCAUAUCAAUUAAUAUUUUCCUAUUUUAACAAUAGUGAUUUCCACUUCAUGUUAUUGAAUGAAAUUAGAACCGGUCGUGAACCUUCUUGUUUACCUAGCCUUCUGACGUCAGUAACACUUUCAGGCGUUAUAUCUAUAUUCGCCUUGCGAAUAAUAUUUAUUACUGUUUCAAGUAGGUUUUUCUUUUCGUUCACUGUGUCUGGGAUUUUGUAAAUUAUCAGGUUCUUACUUUUCUCCUUAUGCAAAAGAUGAUCAAGGGCGGUAUUCAUAGUCGAUACUUAUUACUUAAGCAGCGACUUAAGCUGCCACCUAGAUUCAUAGUCGUGCAAUGAGCAUUGCCUUAAGCCGCAACUUAAGCAUUUGCUUGGAAAAGUAAAUUGUUCGAUUUUGAGAUGCAUAGUCCCAUCUUAAGAACGCCAAGUAUUCAUAGUCAAAUAAGUUGAACUUAUUUGACAUUGCCGGUGAACUUAUUUGAACGAAUUGAGGUUAUGAUUUUAAGUCAACGUUUUACUUGACUUAAGCAAUUACUUAUUAGUGAAUAUAUAAUUGGAAAGUGUUCACAAUGGAUAUAUUAGAUAAUUUAAGUGAUAUUGAGGACGAUAGUGAUAAUGAAGGUGGUCCAAAUAAUAUAAGACGUGCAAAAAGAUACAUUCGAGAUGCAGAAAAUCCUUUUGAAAUUGAUGAAUGGGACUUCCAGAGACGUUAUCGUUUUACAAAAGAUUCUGUGUUAUUUGGAAUUUUGCCUGAAAUACAGGCAGGUCUAAUUAAACAUAACAAUCGUGGUUUACCCAUUGCACCACAGCUACAGUUACUUAUCUGUUUACGAUAUUUUGCAACUUCAAGUUUUCAGCUUGUUAUUGCCGACACAAUGAAAGUUUCUCAAUCAACUGUCUCAAGAAUUGUUUUUCGUGUUGCCACUUUGCUUGCCAGCCUCAUUAAUUUAUACAUCAAAAUUCCAACAACUGGUGAUGCCCGAAAUGAAAAUCAUCGCUUGUUCAACGUUUUAGGAAGAGGUCAUGGAGCAAUAGGACUUCCUCGUGUUGAUGGAGCGAUUGAUUGCACUCACAUUAAGUUAGUCGGUACAAGAUUUAACCAGGUUGAAGAAAUGUUUAGAAAUAGAAAAGGUUAUUUUUCACUCAAUGUACAAGCUGUGGUGGGACCACGAAUGGAAUUUCUCGACAUUGUACCAGAAUGGCCGGGUAGGGCACAUGACAGUCGGAUAUUUCAGAACUCAUUAAUCCACAUGCGCUACGUUCAAGGACGAUUAGAUGGGAUUCUUGUAGGUGAUAAAGGAUAUCCCUGUUUGCCUUUUCUUAUGACACCUUUCAGAAAUCCGCAUAAUGAAGAGGAAAUGAAGUACAAUGAAAUUCAAAUAAGAACGAGAAUAAUUGUUGAGCGAACUUUUGGUGUGUGGAAACGAAGAUUUCCAUGUUUGGCGCGGGGAAUGGCAACGAAACUCGUUUGUUCUACAACGACUGUAGUAGCAUGUGCAGUUUUACAUAAUAUGGCCUUACGUUUCAAUGACAUAUUACCAGAAGACGAUGAGUUACAUGAAUAUGAAGAAGUUCCUGUACCUAAUGCAGAAAAUAUUAAUAUGGAUGGAGAAGUAGCUCGUCAAUUACUAGUUCAUCGUUUAUUUAAUUGAUUAUAAGUAUUAUAUGGAUUAUAUAUGUUUCGGUAAAAUAUAUAAAGACAUUUAAUUUUUUAAAAACAAAAACCAUUGAGUCAAAAUAUUUUGUGUACAUAUUUUUUUUAUUUCAUAAACAAUAAAAUUACAAAAAAGUGUAUAAAAGUUUAUUAUUUAACAUUUUAAUAAUAUUACUAUAUUAUACUUGAA